AUGUGUGAAGAAGGGUGGAGGACGCGUGUUUGGGUUUAUUUUCAUGGUCGUGAAGACGGCGUUGGGUUCCGUUGUACGAGGUGCAAGGACAAGCAAGGAAAUCAAACUAAACUGAGGGUGCAACCAGCCCGGAGCGGGGCGGCGGCGGCGGCGGCACCAGGGCGGCCUCCGGCGGGUGACCGGCACCCCGCGCAAACCGGGCCGCUCAGCACGCGCAGCGUCGGGCGUCGGCCGGGAGGGCUCGGCGGCCGGGCGGGCCGAGCGCUGCUUUCCCGGCAGGCGGCGGCGGCGGCGGCGGCCCUCACGCAGGGCCUGGAGCGCAUCCCGGAGCAGACGGGCUACCUGGUCAUCUGCGACGGCGCCGUCCUGGCGUCGGCCGGCGACCUGGAGAACGACGAGCGCACGGCGGGCGCGAUGGCGGAGCUGGUGAGCACGGCCUGCGCCUUCCGGCUCCCGCGCGGCCCGGAGCUGCCCUUCCGCCGCCUCUCCGUGGUUUUCGGGGAACAUUCCCUGCUGGCGACCGUCUCCGGCCAGAAGCUCUUCGUGGUGAAGCGGCUCAACAGCGUCCCGGAGCCCGUGGUCGUCUGAGCGGCGGUGCCGGAUCCCUCCGCUGCUCCGGCCCCCCCCUCCCCCCGUCCCAUCCCCUCCCCCCACCCCGUCACGUGGAAGCAGGCUUGCUCUGCGGUCCCCCCUCCCCUCCCCCAACGGCAGGGAGGGGGGAGAGGGGGGGGCAGUCCCCAGGGGAGGGGAGGGGGACCUUCCCUGCCUUCUUUCCUUCCUGGAAGCCGCGUUGGUGCCUCCCAUUCCCCCCUUCCGCUUCUGGUCCCUAUUGGGGGGGGCGUUUCCCACCCCCCACAAACGCCCCUUAGGGUGUCGAAAGGGGCAGCGCCUUUCCCUGCCUGGCGCUCCGGCCAAGGGGCUGCUUUGGCAGGCAUCGCCCUGAGGAGAAGCGCCUGCCCAGCCUCUUCCGUGCCGUCUGCGGUCUCCACCUUGGAUGCUUUGGGCUGCCUGAAACCAGGGGAAGAUCUAGGCCAGCAGUGCAGACCGAGAGCGGAGGCUGCCUGGAGACCAGGUGAACCCACCGGCGGGAGAGGGACGGUGCCAGAGGACCCCAAAGAGAUCCAGGAAGCGUGUUACUUGCCGGCCAGCCAGUGCAGUUUAUUUGUAAGCACAUACAUGGAGUUGGAGUUGCUUCUGAGCAAAUAAAAAAUAUAAAUAACAAAAAUUAAAUAAAGUGCAAUGGAAAGUGGCCUUGGCCUGGGAGGGUGAGGUAGGGAGGGGGCUAGAGACUGGCCCUCCCCCGUCUAGGAAUGCAGCCAAGUCUGGGAGCCUCCA